GCCCCAGUGGAUAGGUUACUCUCGUCCUGAAUCCUCCUGGUCAUCUUUGCGACUGAGAGGAAGAGAAGACGAAGGACAAGCGAGGAACAAAGGACUCUUGAAAGGAAAAAUUGACUUUUAUAGCAAAGGAACAUUAACACUUGAUAUUAGACUUAGAAAUGGACGUGGAUAUUACAUUGAAAGACGAAAUUCCCGUGCACAAUCAAUUUAUCAACUGUUGUGGAGCGGAAACUCAGGUUCUCAAAUGUGGGCCCUGGACUGAACUGAGCUCAAAUGAAAAUGACAGCAACCCCCAACUCCUGAUUCUUAUUAUCACUGGAAACCCGGGAAUUGCUGGCUUUUAUAUACCAUUUCUGAAGGCGUUAUACGCUGGACUCCGCAAGCGUUAUCCAGUUUGGGUCAUCAGCCAUGCGGGACACAUUAUGGCCCCAGGUGGCACGAAGGUGGUGGAGACCCUUAAUGACUCAGGUGCUAAAGAAGUGGAUGAUGUCUUUGGUCUGAAUGGGCAAGUAGAGCACAAACUCGUUUUCCUGAGGAAUCAUGUGCCAAAAGACCAGAAGUUGAUCCUCAUCGGCCACUCGAUAGGCUGCUACGUGAUACUUGAAAUGAUGAAGCGGGCACCUCAUCUCCAGAUCGUCCGCUCCUUGCUGCUGUUUCCCACAAUAGAGCGCAUGGCUGAGUCUCCCAAUGGCAAGAUUGCGGUGCCCCUGCUCUGCUGGCUUCGCUACGCCCUUUACAUGCCUGCCUACAUCAUGUUAAAACUCCUUCCGGAGGGCCUGAGGCCUCACCUGGCCAGGUUACUGCUGCGAGGACUAAAUAUCAACGUCAACAAUGAAAUUACAGUACCUGCAUCACUGACUUUCCUUCAGAUGCCCUGCAUUGCAAAUGCUGCCUAUCUAGGAAGUCAAGAAAUGAGGGAUGUUGUGACGAGAGACAGCGUGACCAUAAAAGAAAAUAUUAAAAAGCUUACCUUUUACUACGGUGCCAAAGACCCCUGGUGUCCAGUCGAGUACUUUGAAGACAUCAAGAAGGACUUCCCAGAAGGAGACAUUCGACUCUGUGAGAAAGGAUUACCUCAUGCCUUUAUCUUACAUCAUAGCCAAGAAAUGGCUGACAUGGUGUCAGACUGGUUAAAAGAUGAUCUGUUCCACUUGUAACUAGUCUGGAUGGGAAAGUGCAUUGAGUCAAAAGCUUAUGAUGUUCAGUAGGUUGUGAUUGACCUGACUCUGGUAUCACUAUUAACAGUAGACGAUGGAUUUUCGUUUUUACUAUUCCUCUUUAUAAAGGGUAAAAUAAGAAUCA